GCCGAUGGAGUACAGCGAGGCAACCGGGCUUGACGAGCCGCUCUUGGCCGGCGCUGAGGCCGGCGCGCCGUUCGCCGCCAGUGUGCGUAGCUUUAGCUUCUGCGCCGGAGCCGCCGUCAACGCGGACUUUCCAACGAACCGCGUCACGACGUCCAAGUACACGCUCGUGAACUUUCUGCCCAAGUUUCUGGCGCAGACGUUUACGAAGAUGACCAACAUCUACUUCCUCUUCAUCUGCAUCUUGGAGAUGACGCCGGGUAUCUCGACGUCCGGAGGUAUCCCGACGACCGCGCUGCCGCUCAUCGUCGUCAUUGCCAUCGACGCCUUCUUCCAGGUCGUCGAAGACUACGCGCGGCACGUCGACGAUGACGUGGCCAACCACCGGGUGACGCACCGCUUGCUCUUGACUGGCGCGUACGAGCCAAUUACGUGGCAAGAGCUCCGCGUCGGUGACAUUGUGCGCAUCCAGAACGGGUCGAUCGCGCCCGCGGACGUCAUCUUGCUCCAAGUCGAGUACGGAGCCGACGAAGCGCCGCGGCACUAUAGCUACGUGGAGACGUCGAGCUUGGACGGCGAAACCAAUUUGAAGAUCCGGGAGGCCGUGUCCGAGACACACGGCCGGUCGCUGCAUCGACUCGAAGGCGCGGUGCAGUGCGACCAGCCCAACGCGUCGGUCGACUCGUUUAGCGGCCAGCUACAUCUGGCUGACCACUUGGAGUCGACGCCGCUUCAAGCCACGAACGUCCUUUUGCGGGGGUGCAUCUUGCGCAACACGCCGGCGGUCAUUGGCCUCGCUUUGCCACGGGCCACGACACCAAAGUGCUCCAGUGCGCGCGGGCCUGUCCCAACAAGCGCAGCUUUGUCGAAACGCAAGUCAACCACGAGCUGUGGUGCAUGGUCAUGCUUCUCUUGGCGAGCUGCGGUGCGACGGCGACCAUCUCGACCUUCUUCGAUUGCCUCGAGCUCCCGCGCGCGUGGUACAUGCGACUGGAUGCGCCGCCGUCGAUCGUGGUGGCCUUUUGCCGCUCGUUUCUGCGCUCGUUCCUCAUGCUCUCGAACGUCGUGCCCAUCUCGCUCGUGGUCACUCUCAAUAUGGUCAAGUCGCUGCAAGCGUCGCUCAUGGAGCGGGACCGCCACCUCCGCGAUCCGUCCAGCGGCAUGCCGUGCCGGGUCAAGACCAUGGCGCUCAACGAAGACCUCGGACAAGUUUCGCACAUUGUCACGGACAAAACCGGGACGCUCACGAGAAACGUCAUGGUCUUCCGCGCGUGCUCGGUCAACGGCGUUCUCUACGGCGCCAAGGCCGCCCCCAAUACAUCCAAGUGGAUGGCGUUUGCAGAUCUGCACUUUGACGCUCGGAUUGCGGCCGGGGAUGGCCCUCUGAGUACGUUUCUACUGCACCUCGCGCUCUCCCACUCGGUGCUGGCGACGCGGCCCGCCGACUUGAGCGAGCUCGUGGCCGCGGCCGCAUCGCCAGACGAACAGGCGCUACUGGCCAUGGCAUAUGCCUACGGCUACCGCUUCCUCGGGCGACAGCCGGGCAAAGCCAUCGUCCAUGUACCAGGCCACGGUGCAGUGACCUUCGACGUGCUCCACGUGCUCGAAUUCUCCAGCGCUCGCAAGCGCAUGUCGGUCGUCGUUCGAAACCCGCUGCGCGCCAACGCGAUCGAAUUGCUUGUGAAAGGCGCCGACAGCGUCCUUUUGCCGCGCGCGGUUGCGUCGCCGACCACGAACCUGCACUUGCAGGCGAUGGCCCGUGACGGCCUUCGGACACUUGUGAUUGCACAGCGCACGUUGCCGCUAGCGCUCUACGCCGACUGGGAGCGUCGGUACGCGAGCGCCGUGCGCGACGUGGCACACGUCCAAGCCAAGGCCAAGCAGCUACCCAAUGCGAUCGACGCCCUCAUGGACGAGCUCGAGACAGAGCUACAUGUGCUGGGCGCGACUGGCAUCGAGGACGGGCUCCAGGCGCACGUACCGACAACGAUCGAAAAGCUACGCCUCGCCGGCAUCAAGAUAUGGAUGCUCACGGGCGACCACGUGGAUACGGCGCUCAACGUGGCCCGCGCGUGCAACUUGCUCAAGAAUACCACGAGCCAGCUCUCGUUAUUGCAGUGCGCAACACCGACCGAGUGCUUCCGGGAGCUCCGAGAGCUCCAAAGCCGCAUGCAGCCGCGCACCAAGUACGCGCUCGUCGUCGACGGCGACGCCUUGUACCAUGUGAUGAACCUCCCGUCGGCACAUGACGCGUUCGCAGAUGUUGUCCGCGCCUGUGAAGUCGUCCUCGCGUGUCGGACGUCGCCGAUGCAAAAGGCGCAGGUCGUCGAGCUUGUCCAGGGGCUGUUGGCAGGCACCCCGGGGCGCGUCUUGGCCAUCGGGGACGGUGCCAACGACGUGGCCAUGAUCCAGUGCGCGCACGUCGGCGUCGGUAUCUGCGGCCAAGAAGGGCUCCAGGCCGCCAACGUCAGCGACUAUGCAAUCGCGCAGUUUUCGCUUUUGCUCCGGCUCCUCUUUGUGCACGGCCGCCUCAACUACCAGCGCACCACGUUCCUCGUGCGCUACGUGUUUUACAAAAACAUCAUCUUGGUCAUGUCGGAGUUUUGGUACAACCUCGUGAGCGGCGUGUCCGGCCAAAAGUUCUACAACGAAGUCGCGGUCGACAGCUUCAACACGCUCUACACGGCGCUGCCCAUCGUGCUCUUUGCCAUCAUGGACAAGGACUUGCCGUCCUGGAUGUGUGAAAGCGUGCCUGGCUUGUACUCGAUUGGCAUCGGCAACGGCCUCUUUCGCCGCCGGAUGAUUUGGACGUGGAUCCUCUCGGGUGUCUUCGAGUCGCUCGUCAUUUGCAUGGUCGCCGUCCUCACCAUGAGCAGUUGCGACUCGUUGGGGCGGCCGUUUGGCUUGUGGGAGUCGGGCGCGCUCGUCUUUACCCAGAUUGUGCUCGUCGUCAACUACAAGCUGGCGCUGCACCAGAGUUCGUGGACGAUCGUGCAAGGCGCCGUGCUCGCACUGAGCAUCCUCGCGUGGUUCGUCUCGGCGUUCGUCAUUUCUGCGUCCCCGGACAUCAGCACGGCGUGGUACGACAUCUUCCCGAUCGUCAUGACGUCCAACUUUUACUGGUUCGCGUCGCUCUUGAUCCCGGUCGUCGCGCUCUCGGUCGACCUCGUCGGCGGCGCCGUCACCACGAGCUUCACGCCGUCCAACGUCCGCGUCCUCCGCGAGGCGCUCCAAGAGCCGGCGCAGAAGGAGACGCUGCGCGACCGCAUGUGGCAGCUGCCCGAGAAACAACCGGCGCCGCUCUCGGGGUACGCGACUGGUGUCGACGAGUUCACAGCGACGGCCGAGGCCCAGCGAAGCACGACCGGGUGGAACCCGCUCGGGCAGGAUAUAGACACGACGUGAGCGACGUGCUCUGCGUGAUAGAUGAUGUUGUAUCGACGUUUAAAGAAGGACAAGUGCGUGUAGAAUCGGCG